AUGAGGGCCGCGGUGGCAAAGUGUCACAAACUGGAUGCCUUCAAACAGCGGAAAGUAUUUUCCCUACUAAUUCACGUCAUUUUUAUUUUUAAGGUCAACGGUGUCAACAGCUUCCAACAAGAGAAGGAUGAUCUUACUGACCAAACACAGGGAGAGAGCCACCGGCCCCUACGGCGGUCCAAGAGAAGAUGGAUUAUUACCACUCUGGAAUUGGAGGAGGAAGAUCAAGGGCCCUUUCCCAAACUUGUUGGUGAGCUGUUCAAUGAUAUGUCCCAUAACAUGUCAUUAAUGUAUGUGAUCAGUGGACCUGGUGUGGACAAAUAUCCAGAGAUUGGUUUGUUUUCUAUAGAAGAUCACAGGAAUGGAAGAGUGUAUGUUCACCGCCCUGUUGAUCGAGAGACGACGCCGUCUUUUAUGGUGCAUUUCAAUGUCGUGGAUCGCUUAACCAGAGAAAUCGUGGAUAAUUCCUUGAUUUUCAACAUCAGGAUCCGCGAUACAAACGAUCAUGCACCCCAGUUUCCUAAGAAGGAAUUUAACAUCACUGUGCAGGAGACCCACCCUGCAGGUCAACCUAUUUUCCAGAUGGUAACAGUGGAUUUGGAUGAAGAAAAUACUCCAAAUUCUCAGGUCUUUUAUUUCCUUAUUUCUCAAACGCCAUUACUGAAAGAAAGUGGCUUCCAGAUUGACCAUAUUAGCGGAGAAAUACGACUCUCAGGAUGCUUAGAUUAUGAGACCGCUCAACAGUUUACACUACUAAUUGGAGCGAGGGAUUUUGGAGAACCAUCCUUGACAUCCACGGCUACCGUUCAUGUUAAUGUGCAAGAAGGCAACAACCACAUGCCCACAUUUAUCCAGGACAACUAUAGGAUUCAGAUUUCUGAAGGCCGCACAAGUGAGGGUGUGUUGCGUCUUCUAGUCCACGAUGGUGAUUUGCCAUUUACGUCAGCUUGGAGAGUAAAAUUUAACAUACUGAGUGGCAAUGAAGAGGGACAUUUUCACAUCUUGACUGACCCAGAGACCAAUGAAGGGAUUUUAAGUGUGAUCAAGCCCUUGGAUUAUGAAACUCACCCCGUGCAAAGCCUUGUCAUCGCCGUGGACAAUGAGGAGCCACUCUUCCCCUGUGAGGGGGGCCAGCUCCGCGGGCCCCGGGGGGCAGGGACCAGGGCCACCGUGAGUGUGCAGGUGACGGACAGCAAUGACCCGCCAGCCUUUCACCCUCGGAGCUUUGUGGUCAGUGAGGCCGACGGUGCCAGGCCCGGAAUUCAGCUGGGAGCUUUCAAUGCGACAGAUCCAGACGGAGCCGUUGGCCGGAUAAGAUAUAAACUGGCUUAUGAUCCGGCAAAUUGGGUCACCGUAGAUGAAUUCUCGGGGACAGUUACCACCAGGCAGCAAAUUGACCGAGAAUCCCCUUAUGUAAAUGACAGCUUUUACAUGAUCAUCGCACAUGCUGUUGACGACGGCCUCCCCCCAAAGACAGGGACAGGGACCCUGAUGCUUUUCCUGUCGGACGUCAACGACAACGCCCCCGCUCUGCAUCCCCAUUCUCGAUUCCUGGAGCUCUGUGAGUCUGCAGCAAACCAGAGCCUCCUCCUCUGGGCAGAGGACAGUGACCUGGAGCCCUACGCAGACCCCUUUACAUUUGAAUUGGACAAUUCGUGGGGAAGUGAUGGAGACGCGUGGAAAUUGGGGAAAAACCAGGGUCGGUCAGUUGAACUUUUAAUGUCGAGAAGCCUCCCUCCGGGUAAUUACUCAGUGCCACUUUUCAUCGGAGACAAACAGGGCCUUUCCCAGAAGCAGAUUGUCCACGUGAGGAUCUGUGCCUGCCUCGGUGGAGUCACGUGUGCCGAGCAUUGGUCGCAGGUCGCAGGACCUGGGCUCCUCGUGGGUGCCCUGGUCCCUCCCUGUGCAGCGUUCAUGAUCCUGGCAGCCACUCUGCUGUUCCUGCUGCGAUGCUAUUUUGUGUCUGAAGCCAAGCCCAGACGCCCUGUCGUGUGUGAGGAAGGCCAGCAGACCCUGAUCCCAUAUAACGAUGAGAGCAAAGCCAUUUCAACCCAGGGAAGGCCGGAUCAGGUGUCAGUCCUGUUGCUCAACGCAGCCGAGGUUGGUGCCCAGCUGGGUGCUCAGAAUCCGUGUGACACGCUACCACCGGCGGCGAGGGCGCUGGACCAAGAAUACUUUAUCACGAGGACUCCAGUGCAUUACGGAAGUUCCCUGCCUGCGGGUUGUGGCAUGCUUUUUGAGCCAAGAGGAGUAAAAAGCAAAUAUUCUACUCUCGUAAGUACAGAUGAAGCUAUUACUGUGGAAAGGGUUACCUUACCUAGCCCGGGCUGCUCCCGGGCUAACCUCCAGGGAAAGUCCUGA